AUGCCCGGUGUUAUCUUGAUUGCGAAGGAAAUCCAAGCCACUUCAAGACUAGUACGUCAGUUUGGCUUGGCGAACAACGUCUCCAUUGAGUGUGUGACUACCAUAGGACCAGUAGGCUUGUUUGGAUAUGUUUAUUAUUUUUACUUUUAAAAUAAGAAUCUAAUUUUAGUAGCGUUUAUAAAAGGCGUCAUUGUGGGCGGUGAUUAUAUUUUGUCGGCUCUUUCAGAGACAUGCGGAUGUGAUAUAUAUAUAUAUAUAUAUAUAUAUAUAAUAAUUUCUACAAUAAUAAUACUUGCAACGAAACUGAUGGUAGAGAAGAUCAAGACCAUUUAAACACGUUGUUCUUAGCGUGUCCUUAAGAAUAUUGAAGUGGUUUUUGGGAGCAAUUUCAAAAAUAACAUAUGAACAUUACAUUUUUUACUUUGGCUUUGUUUUUAAUUAUUUCUAUUUUUUUUUUAAAUUUUAUAGAUCAAUUUAAUUUCUAGUAGAAGAAAAAAAAACAAAUUCUAAUCAUAAAGUAGAAAUUCUGCAAAAAUGUACUGCGGGAUGGCACCCAUAACCUCAAAGUUUAACUACAUUCCGUCGUCAUAUGCCGUCAAGUUCUAAUGAAACAUUCAAUGGAAGCCUUCACUAUCGUUUGGCAUAGUAAAUCGGCGCUGUCCGUAGCUUCAUGUUUCUAAUCUGCAUAUAUUAUUUCGUACGGAUCCAUUAUGAGAUAUAUUCGUUGGCUGGCGGUCCUAUACCUGACAUUGUUUCUUUUUCCAGAGCCCGUCGGUCCUAAAUCGAACAUAGAUUCCUUGUCUCGUGGCUGGCAGUCAAAUAAAAGGACUUGGAUUCGUUUUCUUGAGCCUGUCGGUUCUAUACGAGACAAAGAUUCAUUUCCCCGAGGCUGGUGGCCCUAUAAAUGACUCAGAUUCGUUUUGUAUAGCCUGGCUGUUCUAUACCGCGUAUAUAUUCGUUUCUUGGAGCCUUCGGUCCUUUAAACGACUCAGAUUCGUUUUCUAGGGUCUGUCAGUUCUAUACAGGACAUAUAUUCGUUUCCACGGGGCUGGCGGUCCGAUUCCUUGCCUGAGAAGUGACCUUUGUAGCCUGACUAAACAAUAUCAUCCAACAAUCUCAGACGAUGCAACUCUUCCUCUACUGCAAUUCUUUUUUUCACUUUGAUCAGCGUCUCAAUACUUCGUCGGAGAUAAGAUUUAGACAGGAACGUUAUAUGGAUCAACUGUUUGCGGUUGUUCUAGAUAAAAAUAAUCAGCUUCUUUACUGAUAGGCUAGUUGUUUUGUAGGCGACCUGUUUCAUAAAGGAACCCAGAAAUCAUUCUGGCAUUGGCGUGGAUGCUCUGGUUGGAGGAGCUUCAGUGGGAGGUCAACAUUCUCAACACUUGAUUUGCCUUGACACCCACAAUUUCCUUGUCACAUUCAUCAUCUGCUCACUUGGUAGUGAGUCACAUUGUUCAAUAGGAUGUUGUUCACACUGACUGUGCCCUACACUAUGUUUACAUCUUACAGUAGGAUAUUGUUCACAGACUGUGUCCUCCACUAUGGCAUAUUUAACUUUUCUGCGUUUAAUAUUUGUUUAAUUUAAAUUCAAAAUUUCAGUAACCCUUCUCUGUAAAACUCGCUAAUUUCAAAAUGCAGCCCUCUUUGGGUAUUCCUUAUUACGUCAAAAUAUGUUGGAUUAAUUUUAAGGCAUUACCUCCUGGUACCAGUCUGGUAUAAGCAGUUAUUUAAUUGUUCAGCCAGUAUUCAUCUAUUAUAAAAAUAAACAUUUUUUGCACAGCCGAUCAUUAUCUAGUAUGACAAGUCAUUUCUUAGUACAGCUAGUCAUCUUCUGACAUAAAAAGUUAUUUCUUAGUAGUACAGCCUCUCAAUAUCUGGUAAAAAAAAAAAAGACAUUUUAUUUUCACAGCAAGUCCUCGUAUGUUUCAACAAGUCAAUUUUUUAUAUUCUCGUUUAAUAAGUCAUAUAAUGGUACGGCCAGUAUGUCAUCUGAUAUAACAAAUCAUUUUUUGGUACUCUCAAUCUUUUAUUACGUUUAACAUCAGUCCCAUUUAAUAAACUUUAUGAAAUCCUUGUGAAAAGUAAUUUAGUAUUCAAAUUUACGUAAACAUUGCUGUUUUUAUAAAUUUCUUUAAAACAACUAAGGUCACUAGAAUGCAUUGAUUCAGUUUGCAUUUAAAAAAAAAAACCGAAUGGUUUUGUCCUUGAUAAAAACUCUGUUCCCCUCUUCCAUGACCAGCUUCAGGCAGUGACUUUUUACAAGAAAGGGAUUCCGUUUAUGUGUCAGGACGUUAGGCCUCCACUGGGCCACGAUUUCGAUUUGACAGUACAAGAAGUAAGUAACAAAUUAUGUCUUAAUAAAAUGCUCGAGGUGAAGGGGGCACUUGGGUAAAUGCCAAAUAUACAUUCAUUUAUUAUUUUAUUUUAUAGAAACGUCUAUUUUUAUUUUAUACGCAGAUGUAAAUAAUGUAUAAAAUAUUUUACUUUCAUUUAUAUGUGCAUAUAUAUAUAUGUGUGUGUAUAUGUUUAUGUAUAUAUUAAAAUUAUUUUAAUAUUAUUAUAUUGCGUUGUAUUGAAUGAUAUAUUGAGAAAUUUCAAGAUUAAAUACAGACUGGCUUUUCUGUUUCAAAGGUUUACGACAUCGAUCUCAACCAAUACUUUCACUGUGAGGUCAAUAAUCUAAAAGACGGCUCCACCCAACAGUCAGAUUUUGCAUUCAUACGCCUUACAGGUUAG